AUGAAAUAAAUACAGAAAAUUCUUAAAAAGGCAGAUUUUUUUGGAAUACCAUUCCUUUAAUAAAUAAAUUAGAAAGAAUCAAUCUACUAAAGUGCUAUAGGUGGAUUUGUAACCCUUUUAGUAUUUUGUUCAAGUUUAGCCUACACUAUUUGGGUUAUUUAUUAAUGGUAAACAAACUAAUUAAGUCCAAAAAUAUCAAACUCUGUACAUAUAUCAAAUUUUUCUCUUCUUGAUUUUAAUUAUGAUGUUGUUAAAUUAUAUUUUUGGAAAGUAGAUGAGACAUUUAUUGACCCAUUUGAAGAAAAAGUACUUUUGCCAAUUUUAUCUUAUACAACAACUAAUGGUACUUAAAUAACAGAAGUAAUAUAGUAUUCAGAUCGAGUAACAAAUGAAGGCAAUAAAUUUUUUAUACCCAAAAUCAAUUUUGGAACAGAAUAUAUAGAUGGAAAUGCAUUUACUACAUCUUAAAUGUAUAUUCAAAUAAUCAAGUGCAGACCUGAGUUACUUUAAUUUAAUGAAACAUGUGCAUCUGAAGAAACUUCAAAUAGAUUCUUCGAAUAACCACUUAAUGCAAUAGCUAUUUAGAUUACUUUCAAAUAAAUUAAUUCAAAAAAUGGAGAAAUUCAAAGUAGUGCAUAGGAAUUUUACUUUCAAAUUGAAUAACCCAAUUGCUAUACUUUGAAUGUAUUUCUUUAAAGUAAUUUUUAUGAUAUUCGUGAUUAUUUCCUAUUUGGACCAAGUAAAUAUAAAGAAUUUUUAAAUUCUGCAGUUAUAUAAUCUCAAACAAAUACUAUUAAUUAUUGUUAAAAAGCAUAUCAAGAGGAAGUUUAUGGAUUACUUUUUAUAGCUAUGUAAGCAAGUUAAGUUAAAACGAUAUAUGAGUAUCCUCAUGCAGGUGAUUUAUUAGCAAAUAUUGGUUCUAUAGUUUCUGUUCUUUUUAUGAUGAAAUAUCUAAUUAUUGUAUUAAACUAAUAUUUUCUAACUAAGACAGUCAUAAAUGAAAUCAUGAAAAUGUAUUAUCCUCAAUUAAAAUUUAUUAAGUUGCAAAAAAAUUGGAGAAGAAAAAUUGUUGGAGUUUAUUACAACAAAUUAGAAUUAGAUGUAAAAGAAUAUCUAAAAUUCUAUAAAUUAGCCUAAUAAUAGAUGAAACCAAAGUUAAGCUUUUUAAAUUUAUUAUAUGAAGUCUCUCGUAUAUAUUUUAUUCUCAGAUCAAUUAAAACUAGAGAUGAAUUUCGUAAAUGUCUUUCUAUUGGAGUUAAACUAAAUUUUCUUACACCAAAGGAAAGUCAACCUGAUUCUGGAUUAAAGUCAUAUUUUACUCAAAGAUUUGAUAAUGAUAAUUAAUUGUUAACUUAUGAAGAUGUUAGUAUAAUUUCUUUAUUUGAAUAAAAUCAAGUUUUUGUUAUCGAAAAAAUAAUUAAUGACUUAGAGACUUAAAAUCUUGAAUUUUAUGAAAUAAAUAAAGUUUUAUGA